AUGGAAGAAAAUGAAACCGAAACUGAAAGCGCUUCCACGCACGUUCCUUCAAGUGUGCAUUCGUUGUCUCCUCCACUCUUAUUAAAUUUUCAAAACAAAACUCGUCAUAAUGAUUUAUAUCCAUAUAGGCACAACUCCUCGCCGCCACAUUUCAUAAAAGAUAACAACAUCGAUGCACCUCCUUUUCUCUCUGCUCCCUCAUUUUCUAUAUUUGAGGAUGAGAUUCAAACCGAAAAUGAACGACUAAUUUCACUUUCUCCCACAGAGUCUCCUCAUAUGCCACUUAUAGAACGGCCCAACACGCCCAACUAUACACAAAUGACUACACAUUUGUCUCAGUUGGAACCGGAUACCACCGCUUUAUGGGGAUGGAUGCUUUUACUCGCCACUUUUGUAAUGUUUAUAUCAAGUAUGUACGCUAUUGUAUUUAGCAAGUUUGUGCCGGAAACUGGGAAUAGAACGCUUGAUUGGAUAAAGAGAGAUGAGUAUUAUUGCUUGCUUUUGCCAAUUACUUUGUCAGUUACUGUUUAUGCCGUAUUUUGGAAUUGGAUGGGAUUUGUCAUCCCGGUAUUCAAAGAACCGGGAUAA